AUGUAGUAUGAAAUCAAGAUAAUGGGUUAUGAGAAUACGACAGACAAUGUUUUAUAUAGAAUUCGCAUUAUCGAUCUUUUUACACUUGAUUAGAGAGAAAUUAGAGUUAGAUAUAGUCUCUUGCUUGACCUUCAUAAUGCCAUGCAAGAAUACAAUAUAAAUUAUUAACUUCCUCAAUUUCCAAAAAAGGAAUACUUAAAGACAUUGUUUGGAGAAAAUAAAGUGAUCAAGCAACGUGAAUAAAAAAUAGGGGAAUAUUUUCAAUAGCUUCUUAAAUGUCCUCCUCCUAAUCAUAAAUUAUUGCUUGAUUUUCUUAGAGAAGGGGUUGAUACUAUUAGACAAUAGGAAUUAUUAAAGGAAGUCAACUCUAAAGCUGAGAUACUCAAAUAUUUAAAGGAUGAAAAGUUGCUAAAAAGGGGACAAUUUGGAAAAACAACUUUAUAUAGCAUAAACGGAAAAAAAAUAAUUCUGCAUAAGUUUUAUGUCAUUUAGCAACAAAGUGAUUAACUGUUUUCAUUUUAUAUGAAGGCUCAUUUAAAUAUUUUAGAACACAGCUUGUUUACUCAAGUGCAUUCUGUAUUCUAUAUACGACCCAAAGCUAACUUUGUUGACUCUAUGCUUGGCUAAGUGAAAUAGCCAAAAGUUAGCAAAAAACCCAAUAUUUUUACUAAUUUAUAUCCCCAAUAUAUAAGAGGAGAGGCAGUGAAGAUAUUCUCAUUUGAAGAAUAUGAGGGAUAAAAUCUAAACGAAGUGAUUAAAGAUCGAAAAACUAAAAAUAAGCCUUUUACUUUAGAUGAGCUCUUAAAUAUUAUAUAGAAAAUCCUCCAAGCGAUUAUUUAAUUACAUAAGCGCAACAUUUUUCCUAACAGAAUUUUACCCACUUCCAUUAUCAUCAACAAUGAGAGUGUUAAAUUGGCUAGUAUUUAAGAACCUAAUGCCAAAUAUAAGGAAAAAUAGUUGUUGGAAGGACAUGCCAAUAAUAGUGAGUAAAGUUAUGAUAUUGUUUAUUAUCCUCCUGAAAAAUUGAGUUAAUAGUUUUCAUAAUAAAUAAAUGGAAAGUUGAUAGAUAGUUGGCAUUUUGGAGUUUGUAUAUUAAUGGCAGCUUUGCUCUAUACAAAUAAAGAAUUGGAAGGAAUUCAUUCAUCUUAUUAAGUUGAUAAAUUUGCUAAUCAAGUGUAGUUGUUAUAUGGUGAUGUAAUAGCAGAAAUAAUUAUGCUGAGUCUAAAACAAUAAUCACACUAAAGAGCAGAUAUUAGGGAAUUGUAUUUUUUGGCCAAUUAAACAGCAAUUAUCAAAUUUCAAUCAAACGUUUUGAAUCAGUAAGAGAAAUCUUAAAUUACAUACUUAACAAUUAAUAACAUAACAUAAGAGCAGUUAGACAAUCUUGAAUAGCUCAUUCAAAAGUCUCCAAUUUUAUCAGUUAAAAUAAAUCUAUAUAAAUAAUAAAUAGAUUAAUAGGAAUUAGAUAAAUUAUUACAAAUACUGGGUAAUUUUGCUGAAGUAAAGUAUAUUUCAAUGAUUUUAAAUAAGUAAGAAUAGAAUUAAAUGAUUAGAACAUAAAAUUUAAAUUUUGGAAACCUGUGUGUUGGUUUAUAAAAAUUAAGGCAAUUGAAACGUAUCUCAUUGGAUUUGAAGGGAAUCAAUUUAGAAAAAGAAGAAAUUGACUAGGCAUUAAAAACAUUUAAAUAAAUGGAUUCAAUUGAAAGAUUUAUAUUGGAUUGUUCAUCUAUGGAAUUUAUUAAUAGUUUGAAAUCAGAAUUGAAAUUAGAGAGUAAUUUAGUUUUGUAUUUUGAAUCAUAAUUAAUUUGA